GAGAAAUCAUCUGCAAGCCGGCGAGCUGGAAAGAUCUCUCGUCUUCCUACUUCCCUGAAGGAGCUUGGAUGCUGGGAGAAGCCUCUUGGAUAUGGGAUCAUAUCUGGUUUAUCACAGCCUGGGUUUGAUCCUCUGCUGCUCCGUCCUGAGUUCAGUCUACGCUUUGGUGGAUGCUGAUGAUGUCAUCACCAAAGAGGAGCAGAUCUUCCUCCUGCUAAAAGCCAAGGCCAAGUGCGAACGACACCUGAAAGCCAAGGUGCCCAAAGUGCAUGAUGGCUUUUGUCUUCCUGAGUGGGAUGGCAUUGUGUGCUGGCCUGAGGGUGUGCCAGGCAAAGUGGUGGCUAUGCCAUGUCCAGAGUACAUCUAUGACUUCAACCACAAAGGCCAUGCUUAUCGGCGGUGUGACCUGAACGGCAGCUGGGAGCUGGUGCCGGGCAACAACCGCACCUGGGCGAACUACAGCGAGUGUGCCAAGUUCCUCACCAACGAGACGAGGGAGAGGGAGGUCUUUGAUCGCCUCUAUUUGAUUUAUACUGUUGGAUACUCCAUCUCCCUGGGAUCCCUCACAGUUGCUGUCCUUAUCCUGGGAUACUUCAGACGUUUGCACUGCACUAGAAACUACAUCCACAUGCACCUGUUUGUCUCCUUCAUGCUGAGGGCUGUGAGCAUCUUCGUGAAGGAUGCAGUCUUGUACUCUGCGUCAGCUCUGGAGGAGAUGGAAAGGUUCUCAGAGGAAGACUUGAAAUCCAUCACUGAAGCACCUCCAGCAGACAAAUCACAUUUUGUGGGCUGUAAAGUAGCAGUCACCUUCUUCCUCUACUUCCUGGCAACCAAUUACUACUGGAUCCUGGUGGAAGGGCUCUAUCUCCACAGCCUCAUCUUCAUGGCAUUUUUCUCAGAGAAGAAGUAUCUUUGGGGAUUCACGUUAUUUGGCUGGGGACUCCCUGCUGUGUUUGUUACAGCAUGGGCCAGCGUGAGAGCCACUCUAGCCGACACAGAGAAAGUCAGCCCCCAGCUGAGCCCAUCUGGGCUGGAGGAUCCUCCUCUUGUCUCCGGAGAUGAUGUUCCUGGUGUACACGCUGUCCUCCAUCUGCAGGCAAUUCACGGGACGUGUCUAGGAGCCCCCAGCUUGGCAGGGAGGCUCAAAGCCGGGCUGCAGAGCGUGCUCCGGGUGGAGCAGCAGCCGGCAGCACGUUCCAGCGCUUGA